GGGAGAGACCUGGGAGAGACAGAGACCCCAAAGUGGCGCCUCGAACGUUUAAAAAUUUGAGUAAUUUACUCGUUUUUUUUUAUUUAAAAAAACAUCAGGAUAUAGCUAAUUAAAUACAGUUAAUUAUUUAUAAUAAAUAAUAUUUAUUAACAAUUAUUUAUACUAAAAUCCAAAGGAAAAAUUAAAUUAGUAAAUGUGAAGACUGAAGAGACUUUUUGGAUCACGUGAUAACCAGGAUUGUAUCAACAACAAAUUUUAUUUUAUCAAAUGUAAAAAUUAUCAUCACAAUUCACACGUGUGUGUCUACCCUUUAACAAAUGGAUGGUAAAUUAAAAUAACAACAAUUGAUUGAUAACAGAGAACAACAAUAACAAUGGAGCAUGAUAUUAAUUCAAGUAAUGCCAAGAAUGACAACAGUAUUUUUGAAUAUUCUGUUGAUUAUUCAGGAGCAUCAUCAAUUCAAGAUAUACUCAAUUUAAGCGUUGACAUGAGACACAGACGUCGAGGAUUUAUUGUGUCACCUGAUGUCAUUGAUGAAUUCAACAAAACAAAUAAUAGUUUUUUAAAUGUUUCUAUGUUAAAUCCCAGUCAUAAAAGAGAUGAUGAUGAUGAUGGUUAUUGUAACAUUAAAAAUUCCAAUUCGAUGCCAGCUAAAUUAACAAAUUCACCAGCUAGAUCUAUUAAAAAAACAACUGGAGUUGAUGAUUUAUCAAAUGAAGAUAAAGUUAAAAAGAAAUUGGAAAAUUUAAAUAAUACUCCAUCAAUAGAUAUUGAUGAUAGAGCUAAUGCUUGUAUUGAAGAAUAUAAAAAACGCCGAGAAUAUCGUGAAAAACGUCGUUUAAUAAAUAAAUCAUCAACAACACCAAAUCGAUACAAUUGUAAUGUAAAAGAAAAUAAAGUAAUUUCUGGUAGUAAAUCAAUGAAAAAUCAUGAAUCAACAUUAUCAAAACGUAAAGAGAUAAUUGACAUUUCAAAAGCUGAAGAAAAAACAAGUAAAAAAAAACAAAUUAAGCUAAAAUCAUUAGUCAAUUUAAAUGAGUCAUCAAUUGCAAGUGAUGAAUUGUCGUGUUAUGAUUUUGAUCCAACAAGUGUGAUUGAUGGUUCAUCGACAUGUCUACUUGAAAAAUCAUACAGAGAUAUUUGUGCUAAAAGACAUGAAGAACGACAAAAGAGAAAUAAAAUGAUGAUUGAUUCACAAGAAAUUAGAAAAAGAAAAAGAUACUCAGAGUCAUCAGAAAGCAGUGAUUCAUCACAUUCUCAAUUUAAAAAAACACGUAAAAGUUAUGUUGUGGAAGACAGCAAGGUUGAUUCAUCAUUACGUUUGAUGAAUCGAAGAAGAAAUUUUAAAUUGAGAUCAAGAGCAAUUGUUGUUGAUUCUUCUAGUGAUUCUGAUGAUAAAUCAUCAUGUAAAAAACAAUUUGCAUUGGAAUCAACAAAAAGUAGUAAAAAAAAAGUUAAAAAAAGAUGGUAAAACAAUUUAAUUGUACUAUCAAGUAUUAUUAAUUAAUUUUUUUCAUAUUUGCAUCAAUCUGUUUAAUUUUUUUUUGUAUGAAAACUAUUUUUUUGUUUAUCAAUUAAUAUACAUUAUGAAUUUACUUAAUAUUUAUUUAAAAAUUAUAGUGUUUUAAUUAUUUUGUAUAAAUGUUUUUUAUUUAUUAAGAAUUAAAUUGCCAACGAAAUUAUUGCUAAAUUAAACUAAAGAAAUAAUUGUUUUAUAAAAAUAUUUUUAAAGACAUUAAUAAAAAAAAAAACACUGCUGGUCAUGGAAAAAAAUCUCACUAGAUACAAAUCUUGUUAUUUAUAAUUUUAAAUAAUGAAUUUAGAAAAAAUAUGUAAUUCAAUAUUUGCAAUAGAUAAUUAAAACCCUGGUCGAAAAAAUAUCUCUCCUGGAAAAAAGUUGAAGAAAUGGUGGAGAAAUAUUUCUAUGAUUUCUCCAAUCAUGGAUCGUUUUCAGAAAAAGUGGAGAAACAACGGAGAAAUAAUGGAGAAAUAUUUCCACCACGUUGAGAAUUGACUCUCAAGGAUGUUGCUCAACAUCCUCCUGGUAUAGAUUUCAAAAGAAAGAAAGAGACACAAGUAACAAUGCAUUGGCAGGACAAUUGGACUCAAAGAGAGAAGUAAAAUAUGAUUUACUUGCCAGUCAAGAUCAUUUAAAAAAUAAAAUUGUUUAUAGUAAUUUAAGUGGCCAUCAAAAAUAACAUAU